UUAGUUUAAUCUGUACCAUUAUUCAGACAAUGGAAUUUCUAAGUUUCAAUCCUGUUACCGAAAAAUUAACACUAGAGCACGGUGAAAUUCCUAAAUUAAAAAAUAAUGAUGUGCUAAUUCGAGUAGCAUAUUCUGGUAUUUGUGGAACUGACCUUCAUAUUUUAGACGGUUCAUUUCCAGCCAAAAAAGAUGGUACUUUGAUCCUAGGACACGAAUUUUCAGGAACUGUUGAAGAUAUUGGUGAUGAAGUGACUGAAUUUAAAGUUGGACAAAAAGUUGUCAUCGAUCCUAAUAGUGGUUGCAACAAAUGUACCAGUUGUCAUGGUGGAUGCUAUCAUUUUUGCACUAAAGGAGGUAUUAAUAACACCAUUGGAAUUUUUAAGAAUGGAGGAUGGGCGACUCACGCUGUCGUGCCUGAAACGCAAGUUCAUCACGUACCGGAUGAUAUGGAAAUGCAUCAUGCAGCUUUAGCUGAACCUAUGGCAUGUAUUGCUCACGGAUGGGAUAUAAUGAAUCCCAUUCAUGUUGGUAGUCAAAUCUUAGUGAUUGGAGCUGGGAUCAUUGGACUGCUUUGGGCUUGUAUUCUACACCUACAUGGCUUAAGAAAGACUGUGACUAUCAGUGAAAUUAAUGCUGGUCGAAGAGCAGCAGUUCAGAAACUUGAUUUGGAUUACAGUGUGUGUAAUCCAACAGAAUUAAGAGGAAACUUUGAUGUUGCUGUUGAUUGUAGUGGAUCUGCACCAGCUAUGGAAUCUGCUCUUGCUCGACUCAAACAUGGUGGGCGACUUUGUAUUUUCGGAGUAGCAAAUCCUGCUGCAACAGUAUCCAUCAAUCCGUUCCAGAUGUACUUGAAAGAAUUAACAAUUGCGGGAGUAAUUAUCGACCCAUUUACAUUUCCGAAAGGAUUGGCAUUGGUUCAAGCGAUGGCUGCUCGAUAUUUCAAUUAUGAAAAAUUAGGAAUUAAAGUUUACAAACUAUCAGAAUAUAAAGAAGCUCUAGAAGCUCUUCGAACGGGUAAAGUAAGUAAAGCAAUGUUUAAAUGUUCAUAAAAAAUACUCGAAUAAUUUGUUCGAAUGUUUUAUUGUCAAUCAUAAAAAAGUUAAUAAAAAUCGAUUGAUAUUUUACUAUAA